CAGUGCCAUUUGUAGACAUGGUGAGUGUGACUUCAGUUCCCACCACUGCCGAAGGGCAACCUCAGCAGCCUGAAAGGGAAUCCACUACGGACCCCGAUGACUCAGCCACCCAAGAACCCGUUAAGAUCAAGGUGUCCAGUCUCCGCUGGUUUAUCGUCCUGUUGUUCAGCUCCUAUUCGCUGUGCAAUGCCUUCCAGUGGAUCCAGUACGGUGCUGUUAAUAACGUCUUCGUGCACUUCUAUGGGGUCAGCUCCUUUUCCAUUGACUGCUUGUCCAUGAUUUUCAUGGUGACCUACAUCCCACUACUCUUCCCCGUGGCUUAUCUUCUGGAGAAAUAUGGCUUACGUACCGUCGCCCUUUUGGGGUCAUUCCUUAACUGCUUGGGAGCCUGGGUGAAAUUGGGCAGCUUGAAGCCAAAUCUCUUUGCCAUCACCGUGCUGGGGCAAUUUAUCUGCGCUGUUGCUCAGGUUUUCAUCCUUGGCAUGCCCUCCCGCAUUGCUGCCGUCUGGUUUAGUGAACGAGAGGUUUCUACAGCCUGCUCCCUGGCUGUCUUUGGUAAUCAGGUUGGUAUUGCCUUAGGGUUCUUGGUUCCUCCUCUUUUGGUACCCAACAUCCAGGACCGGGAAGAACUUGCCUACCACAUCAGCAUUAUGUUCUACCUGACCGGAGCUGUGGCUUCCUUUCUCUUCAUCCUUGUCAUCUUCAUAUUCAGGGAGAAGCCCAAAUAUCCCCCAAGCCAUGCCCAGCACUUGAGCCAAAGGAUGGAAGUAAAUAAGGCUGCUUAUUUUAAAUCCAUUGGUCGGCUGAUGAAGAACCAAAAUUUUCUGCUACUCUUGAUCAGCUAUGGUUUGAAUACUGGUGCUUUCUAUGCCUUAUCAACGUCACUGAGCCGCGUGGUGAUCUUCUACUUCCCAGGUGAAGAAGUGAAUGCUGGAAGAAUUGGCCUGACCAUUAUCAUCACAGGAAUGGUUGGGGCUAUGAUCUCAGGCAUCUGGCUGGAUAAAACUAAAACAUACAAACAGACAACAGUGGUGGUUUAUUCCAUGUCCCUGGUGGGCAUGGUGGUGUUUACUGUGACCUUGGGCCUUGGAUACCUCUGGGUUGUGUUCCUCACAGCAGGCAUGCUGGGGUUCUUCAUGACGGGGUACCUCCCACUGGGGUUCGAGUUUGCUGUGGAACUGACGUACCCAGAAUCAGAAGGAAUGUCCUCAGGCCUCCUUAAUGUCUUUGCUCAGAUAUUUGGGAUCAUUUUCACCAUCAGCGAGGGCCAGCUCUUUACCCACUUCGGACCACUGGCUGGAAAUGUCUUUCUGUGUGCCUUCCUUGCCUUAGGGACUCUUGUAACUAUGUUCAUUAAGGCAGAUCUUCGGAGGCAAAAUGCAAAUGAAUUAACUAAAAAUAAAAUCCCAGAGGAGCAGCCCUGUCCGGACAAAGAUCCAAAUCAGUCGCUUGAUGAACACUUCUGAGAGUGGAAGCACAGGAACCUGUGGGAAGCUGAAUUGAGGUGGCCUGGCUUCCCCCACUGUGGUUGCCAGCAGGAGGUUCCUCACGGAGGACUUGAGAGGGAACCAUCUAGGAUCUAAUGGCCACAACAGCAGGACCUACUCCUUCUAGGAGCCCCCUUCUAGGGACUUGGGACGAUUUCGUCGGAAUUACACUUUCUCCCUCUCUUGCCAUGAAUUAGUGGAGAUGGUGCUGAUAAAGGCCGGCAGAGCAAGCUGCAGUUCAAAUCCUGACUUUGGAUCUCUGCCUCUUCCCUCUUAACCCUCAUUCUUCAAUGGACAAAACCUGUAGAAUCACUAUGGGAAAGAAGUUCCUACAGAAACUAAUAUUCCUUUAGUGACUUUUUGACCUCUAGAUGAAGCACUUUGUAAGGACUAGCUGUUACUUUAGGGAAAACAAAACCAAACCCAGUAAUUCCUGGGCUGACCAGGUUGGCUACUGUAGACAUUGGGAGAAAAGAGUAGUUGACAUAGGCAAAGACACUUGGGACUGAGUUCAAACUGUUUAAUGUUGGACUCCUUCUCCAAACUGCCUUUCCUCAGAGUUGGUGAAACCAAAUAUUGUAUUUCAAAGACACUUCCUUUUGUCUAUCAAGGAGAAAUUAUAGGCAGGGCUAAGAGCUUUAUGGCAGUGAAUGCUAAAUACAUCAUCUAUCCCCAUGCAGAAGGCUACAUUUGGAAACCUCAGAUAUUUGAUUUUUUAAUGGAAAAAAAAAGAUUUUACACAGAAGCAUCUGUGCAAAUAACUUAUGAUGACUUCUAGCUGUACAUGCAGAAAGAGGUCUUCACUUCACUCAGUCCAGAGCCAAAGGGCCCCUGCCCUAACUGAAGGUGAUACCAGCAAUCCUUUUUUGUUGUUCUUCUUCACACUGUCUUCACUUGCAUAGCUCUCAGUCCUGAGCCAAAGGGCCCCUGCCUUAACUAGAGAUAACAGUAAUCUUUUUGUUGUUGUGGUUCUUCACACUGCCAUGGCUUCCAACUAUUCUAAGAAAUUCAGAGCGUCUUCUGAGGGGUGGGUGAGAGGAAGCAGAGGUAAAGGUGACCUUUAAAGUAGGUUUUUGAUCUGGGCAAGCCCCUUUCCUGGCAUCCAACCUUCAGUUUCUAUGCAAUUACCCAUGCAAUCCCCACUACCCUUUCCUUUGCCCUGACUUAGCAAUAAUAUUCACCAAACAUUUCCAGUUUAAAGCUUCUCCCUUUAAAUCACCUCAUUAAGACUCAUCAGAUAUUCUACUUGACUCCCCUCUUGGGCUAUGGGGGCUUCUCCUGAGAAUAAUGGGGAGUGAAGGAUUGGAGAAAACCCUUGCUAUUGCCAAGUCCCUUGAUCUCAGCCUGCUAAGAGCAGGCUAUCCUGCAGGAACUCCUUGGACCACUGACCUUGAGGAGUUACCUUUUGUGUAUGUAUAUGGAAUACCCUUAGGAAAUAUCCUGUGACGAUGCAAUUUGGGGACUUUUGGGGGGAAAUGGAUAGGUGUUGUGAAAGGCAUGAGUGGGAAUGUCAAAUUGUAUCAGGAAAAGAUAU